UUACGAAAGACUUGUUACUCUCUUCCGGAAACAGUUCGGUAUUGUCGAGGGCUUGCUACUUUGCGUGGAGUCGUGGGUAAUUCACACUGGGACUGAUAUUGAUUUGGAAUCAGGAUGUCUCGAGGUAGAAGCCGUUUGUUUUCCCCCAGGGAAAGGUGCUGCGGGAGGUUGAUGGGGGGAUUCGACUGCAGGAGGAACAAAAACGGCAACAGAAAUAGGUCUUACCGCGACUGCGAAAGAUGUGGGCGGUUAUGUGCGGAUGAUUGGGAAGGAUGGCGACCCAAUAAUCCUCCUUGCGAAUGUGGUUUUCCCAGUCGGAUUCAACAUCAGCAGAAGGGAAAACAUUUCACCUAUCGAUGUCUUUAUGAGCGGCGCAGGAGGGGCCGCAAAUGUCGUGUCAGGGAGCGGAUUUAGGACUUAAUAUUUCCUUAAGACUAUGUUGCUGUGACGGGUGUUGGGAUAUUAUCUUGCGUUGUCUUGCAUAGAAUGAAAGACAGAAAGUGGAAAAUGUGUUCUAUGUUGAUACUUUUGGUAGCCCUGCUCAGUCAUGACCUUAGUAGUGGUGCAUUUCAUACACUGCAUUAUGC